UUCAGUUUGUUUAAAUCAAGCAUGGUCAUAACAAUUGGGUGGUUGAAAAUGGACUUUCAGUUAAGAUGCAGUACCGUUUUUGUGCGCUGCAACAUAAACCUAUUCGCAGGGAUCUAGCUACAAAAUGAGAAAGGUUUUUGACAUUAGAAUUCUUUCUCCUAUUCUUUGAUGCAUGGCAACACAAAUUUGGAAAUCCUUGGAAGUUGUGCAUUGAUUUCUGUGGCUUAACUUGGGAAAACUGCGGAUUUCUCUUCGCCGAUUCAAGAAGAUUGCUCGGAACAAUCCUCAUUUUUGCUAUUUUCGUCACCAAAUCCCGCAUUUCAAAAUUUUCUCCAUUAUUUUUCCAUGAAUUUCCCAUCACUGAAUGUUCUUGGAAGAACCAUACCGCAUGCUUCAGGAGACUCUUUGUUUUGGACGAGGCACAGAGUGGAUAAAGGCGCUGAGUUCCGAAGUUUAUUUACAAUCUUAAACUCUGGGAAGGUCACAGAGGAAGCAGAAACAUAAUUGGUAAAAGAAAGUCUGGACAAAUGGCGGGCAUGGAUGUUUCGAAGUAUGCUCAUAGUCCCGUGCACAAGGCCUUAGUGUUGAAGGAUUAUGCCGGUCUCAGAGAGAUACUAGCAGGUCUCCCACGACUUGGAAACCCGUAUGAGAUUCACACCGAGGCAGAGUCAAUAGCUGAGGAAGAGAAGGCUGAGGCUAUCUCUGUCGUAGUUGAUUACCGUGAUGUUCCAAAUCGCGAUACUCCUCUUCACUUGGCUGCUAAACUUGGCGAUGAAGUGGCCACUGAAAUGCUUCUGGUUGCUGGGGCAAAUAAAAAUUUGAAGAACAAACAAGGGUUGAGUGCUCUUUCAGAAGCUAUCCUCAAUAACCAAGAGAAAGUUGGCUUGCUUAUGGUUCGGUAUUCUUGGAAUCAUUUAGAUGAAAAAUGGUAUAGGAGGCUGCCUCGUUAUAUAGCUGCCAUGCAAAGGAUGAGAGAUUUCUAUAUGGAGAUUACGUUUCAUUUUGAGAGUUCUGUAAUUCCUUUCAUCUCAAGGAUUGCCCCUUCAGAUACUUAUAAAAUUUGGAAAAGAGGUGGUAAUAUGAGGGCAGACAUGACUUUGGCUGGUUUUGACGGUUUAAAAAUCAAGAGGUCUGAUCAAAGCGCCCUUUUCCUGGGUGAUGACUUGGAAGAUGGGAAGAAAGUGCCCGGGAAACUCUGUAUGAUUUCACACAAGGACAAGAAGGUCUUUACGUCUUCAUCUCCUGGGACUCGACCAACUAAUAGACAGGUAAGGCAAAAAUUUAAUAGAAAAUCUCAGGAUUCAAUAGUAAAUGUUGGUAUUGAUAUGAGUCAAGCAUUUCUGGUUCCCCAAUUAACAUGGAGACGAAAAGAGAGAAAAGAAAUGGUGGGGCCAUGGAAAGCUAAGGUGUAUGAAAUGCACAAUGUGCAUGUAAGCGUGAAAUCUGUGAAGUGCCCUAGAGCUAAGAAAGAUGAUAGGGUGUCUAGCAUUGAAAAUAAAAGUGAGAGUGAAGAUAUUCAAGAAAUUUUGACACAGGAAGAAAGAAAGCAACUGGAAUGUGCACUUGCCCAAAACAUGGAUUCUUUGGAAUCAAAUAAUGGAGAUGGGUUUGAUCAUAAAAAAGAAGAAGAGAGAGACAAAAAAGAACAUGGACGGAAAGAAAAGGGGACCAAGAAGGGAAAACACGUCAAAGCACCUUCAGUGGAUUCUGGUAGCAGCAAUUUUGAUAAGGAAGGAAGUAGUGAGAGUGAGUAUAAACGCGGAAUGAGACCUAGCCUUUGGCUUUCGCCAAAUUUUCCUCUAAAAGUUGAAGAGCUGUUGCCAUUGCUGAAUAUUCUUGCAGAUAAAGUUAAAACAGUUCGCCGUUUAAGAGAACUUCUUACGACAAAAUUUCCAAAGGAUACCUUUCCUGUGAAGGUUGGAAUCCCUGUGAUUCCUACUGUUAGAGUAUUGAUUUCCUUUACGAAGUUUGAGGAAUUACCGCCAUUGGAAGAGUUCUCAUCUGCCCCUUCAAGUCCAACUUCUGCUGAUGAUGAGAACCCUGCAGAACAACCCCAUUCUUCUUCUUGGUUUCACUGGGGAAAGGCCUCUUCUGCUGAUUCCAGUAGUGAAAUUCAAGACGUUUUCGCUAUUCCCUCGGAUUAUACUUGGACUAGCUUUGAUCAAAAGGUAAAAAGUAAGGCCGAAAAGUCAUAAUCAUUGAGGUUGUUGAAUCAAUGAGUAGGCUCCAGCUUCCAAGUGUUGUAUACGAUCGUGGAGAGUGCACGUUGAAGGAUGCCUUGUAAGUCGUGGUUGUGGAAGAAACAGGAAUUGGUUGCAGAAAAUAAUCCUCGAAAACUUGUUUAAAGGGUAGACCUAUGCUGUCUUUGUGUAGUUUACACACACACGUAAACCGUACGAUAUCUAGUAUUAUCAUAUUAGAUUUGAGCAUAUUAAAACUCAAGACUUUAUAUUUAAAUGGUCAUAGUCAUAGCUUUUUUCAAUAUAUGAUUAACACCUGUUUGCA